AUGGCGCAGUGGAGACGCUUCGCGUUCUUUGACAAGGAGGUACUGAAGGACGCCAAUGGACCGUGGAUGAAGGGUGUGGACAUCACGAGUAUGAGCGCUAACCGGGGCCUCAUCUGUGUCGGAGACGCUGACGGGUACGUCCAUUUGGCCAAUCGGUCACUAGAAGCACGCAAGUUCCAGGCACACGAGCUGUUCGUGUCGCAUGUCGUUAUGAUGAAGCGCAGUAACGUGCUGGCUACGAUCGGGGACGGUAUUGACCCUCGUCCGGAUGAGCUGCGGCAACAGUCGAAAGCCAUUGCCGAAGCAGGUCGGGCACCUAAUGCUGAAGAGUUGUAUACGCCCAAGCCGACGGGAAAGAGUACGGCAGUGGUGCGCUUUUGGCGAACAGAUUUGCAAGACAGAGAAGGCAAACCGAAGUUGCUACAGCAGAUUCCUAUUUUUGCCAAGAAAUACCCGGAAGAAGCGGUGACAGCGUUUGCGGUGAACGACGACUUGAGCCAGUUCGCGGUCGGAUUGAAAAACGGGGCCGUGAUCUUGUUUCGCAGCGAUCUGAAGCGACGUACUGAUCGUCCAUCUCAUCUUCUUCAGCCAGCAGGGCAGUACCCGGUCACGGGGCUGUCAUUUAUCAGCAAACCAGUGACGGCAACGUUGGUCCAUGUGUUUUUGUAUGCGUCGACACGACGCGGGCUUACUUGUUAUCACUGCUCGCACGACGACCCGGCACUGGUGAAGAGUGUGGGUGGUGCUGCAGCUCUUCCACCACGCACGACAGUUCUGGACGAGCGUGGUGUGGAUGUGAACUGCUCGUGUGUAAACGAGGAAGAUGAAAUUGCUGUUGGCCAGACAGAUGCCGUGUACUUUUACACGACUGAAGAUCGCUCAGUUUGUUAUGCGUUUGAAGGUGAGAAGAAGUAUUUGCAUUUCUUCAAGCAUUAUCUCCUAGUGGCGCACAUAGACCCGCGUGGGCGACACCAAGUGAAUGUGUAUGAUCUACAGAACAAGUUCAUCGCGUUCAAUUGGACGCUCACAAGCACAAAUCCGAAAGGUCCUAUGCGCAAGCCACCGCUCGCGUCGAACAGUCGUACAGCCGAUACGCGCUUCGGGUUGGACGAAAUGGAAGAAGUCCGUCAUGUGGUCUGCGAGUUUGGCGCUAUCUUUGUGGUAUCUUCAAUGGGGCAUGUGUAUCGCUUGAGUGAGAAGGAUACGACGUCAAAGCUGGAGAUCUUGUUUCGCAAGAACUUGUAUUCGAUUGCUAUUUCCCUGGCCUUCAGCUCGAACUACGACGUCAACAGCAUUAUCGAUAUAUUCCGCAUGUAUGGAGACCACCUGUAUCAAAAGGGGGACUAUGAUGGAUCGUUGCGUCAAUACGUUCGUACGAUUGGCCAUGUUGAGCCGUCCUACGUGAUCCGUCGUUUCCUGGAUGCACAACGCAUCCACAAUCUGACGGCCUACCUUGAGGCCCUCCACGAAAAGGCGUUCGCAAAUGCAGAACACACGACGCUUCUUUUGAACUGCUACACAAAGCUGAAGGACGUCAAGAAGCUGGAUAAGUUCAUUCAACUGGACGAGGUGAUUGAUGCCAAGAAGACAAAUGGCACAAAAAUCGACAACGAUGCCAGUGAUUUAGCGCUAAAAGACGGUGGAGGAGCAGCCAAUCUGAACUUUGACGUUGAAACUGCAAUUAGUGUGUUGUGGGAGAACUAUCCACAGCACGCGCUAACGUUGGCGAGGAAGCACGAGGAGCACAGUUGGUAUUUGAAGAUUCAGCUAGGCCAUAUCAGCUAUGUUGACUCAGAGGACUCGGCUGCUCUAUCGGAGAGUGAGAAAGAACGAGUUGCCGAUGCGCUUGAGUACAUCCAGCACCUCAGUUUUUCUGAAGCAGACUCGAACCUGCGAAAGUACGGCCGCACCCUUGUGACGCACAUGCCGGGGCCCGCAACGGAGCUACUGAAGCGUCUUUGUACGGGCAAGUAUGUUCCGGAAGAUCCGUCGUUAAAAUCGGAUCCUGGCGAUUUCUUGCACUUGUUCGUAUCCCAUCGCGCGCAGCUCAAGGAGUUUUUACAGUACAUUGUCGAGGUAGAGACAGUGAGCAACACAUCGAUCGGUAACACGCUGCUGGAAAUGGUUCUUAGCGACGAUGACGAGGGCGAAAAUGGUGGUCGGUCGGUUGAAGAGAAGGAAGAGGCUGUGCUGCGCAUUCUUGACAAUCCGCGCGUGAAGUACGACGAAGAUCACGCUCUGAUUCAUCUGCAGAUGCGUGGCAUGAAGAAAGGCAAGCGCUACUUGUACAACAAGCUCCACAUGUAUCACAUGCUGGUGCAAUUUCACAUCGAGGAAAACGACGACCAGAGUAUACUUGAGGAAGUGCGCAAGCACGGAGAUAAAGAUCCGAAUCUGUGGUCAUUGGCGUUGAAGUACUUUGCUGAGCGAGGACCCUUGCCGAAGGGUGCUACAAGUGGCAAGGAGUGGGAGGAGCUACAACAGCUGCUUGUUUUGAUCGAUACGAAUCCGGCAAUUCCUCCGCUUCAAGUGGUUCAGGUGUUGAGUCAGUCACGCGAGCUGCCCGUGUCAGUGAUCAAGCAGUACGUGGUCAAUCAGCUGGCUAGUGACGAGAAGAAGAUUGAAGAAGACGAGGAGAAGAUUAAGGCGUUCAGGAGCGACACAAAGCAAAUGAAGGAGGAGAUCGCGCAGCUGAGCAGUCGUGCUGUCGUGUUUCAGGCAACAAAGUGCGACCUGUGCAGUCACGAUUUGGAUUUGCCUGCAGUGCACUUCAUGUGCCAACAUAGCUUUCACCUAAACUGCAUUUCGGAGACGGACCGGGAGUGUAUCGCAUGCUCCAUGGAUCACCGCCACAUUCUGGGACUCAAGACGCAACUGGAGCAAAAAGCUGGCAAUCACGAGCAGUUUUACAACCAGCUCGAGACCGCGGCGGACGGUUUCAAUACCAUUGCAGAAUACUUUGGUAAGGGUAUUUUCAAGAGCAACGAGGUCGUUCUGGACGAGGGUUCGUUCGAGACGCGCUUUAGCGCUGAAUUCUAG